GGCGCGGGCGCUGGGCUGGGGUUGAGCCGCGCCGGAGCAGCGGAUCCCGGUCUCGCCGCGGAGCAGCGCGGGGUCGCGCACGGCCCGGAGACGCGGUGCCUUUCCGUCUCCCACCCACUUUUUUUUUUGCUUUUUGUUUCAAAUAACCGGAACCAAUGAACGCCGCCGAGAACCGAGCUCCGGAGGCCGCCGCGGUCCCGAGGUCCAGGCUGGCGCCCGGCGGGAGCCAGCGUCUGGGGUGGCGGGGGCGGCCCGGGGAGUCGCCGGCCACGGCGGCGCCUGGCGGGGCGAGCGAGUGGCCGGCAGCCGGGGCGCCGCCGCCGCCGCCGCCUCGCGGUCCCUUCGCCCCGCAUCCCGCCGGGACGCCCGCCCCGGCCUCGGGCUGGCUGCCUGGGCGGCGCUGGGCUGCGCUGCUGGUGUUCGGGCUGCUGGUGGCCGGAGCCGCGGACGGAUGCGACCUGGUGCCGAGACACCUCCGCGGGCGACGCGCGGCGGGCUCGGCCGGGGCCGCCGCCUCUUCGCCGGGGCCGGCGGCGGCGGGCGACCGCCGGGCGCUCCUGACAGAUCCCUGCAUGUCACUGAAUCCACCAUGCUUCACAGAAGAAGAUAGAUUUAGUCUGGAAGCUCUUCAGACGAUCCAUAAACAAAUGGAUGAUGACAAAGAUGGUGGAAUUGAAGUAGAUGAGAGUGAUGAAUUUAUUAGAGAAGACAUGAAGUAUAAAGAUGCUACCAAUAAGCACAGCCAUCUGCACAGAGAAGAUAAGCAUAUAACUGUAGAGGAUUUGUGGAAGCGAUGGAAAACAUCAGAAGUUCAUAAUUGGACCCUUGAAGAUACCCUUCAGUGGUUGAUAGAAUUUGUUGAACUUCCACAAUAUGAAAAGAAUUUUAGAGACAAUAAUGUCAAAGGAACAACACUUCCCAGGAUAGCAGUGCAUGAGCUUUCAUUUAUGAUUUCUCAGUUGAAAAUCAACGACCGGAGUCAUAGACAGAAACUUCAGCUCAAGGCUCUGGAUGUGGUUUUGUUUGGACCUCUGACACGCCCACCUCAUAACUGGAUGAAGGAUUUUAUUCUUACAGUUUCUAUUCUAAUUGGUGUUGGAGGAUGCUGGUUUGCUUAUACACAGAAUAAAACAUCAAAAGAACAUGUUGCAAAAAUGAUGAAAGACUUAGAGAGUCUACAAACUGCAGAACAAAGUCUUAUGGACUUACAAGAGAGGCUUGAAAAAGCACAGGAAGAAAACAGAAAUGUUGCUGUAGAAAAGCAAAAUCUAGAGCGCAAAAUGAUGGAUGAAAUCAAUUACGCCAAGGAAGAGGCUUGUCGGCUGAGAGAGCUCAGGGAGGGAGCUGAGUGUGAACUGAGCAGACGGCAGUAUGCAGAGCAGGAAUUGGAGCAGGUUCGAAUGGCUCUAAAAAAGGCUGAAAAAGAAUUUGAACUGCGGAGCAGCUGGUCUGUCCCAGAUGCUCUUCAAAAAUGGCUUCAAUUAACACAUGAAGUAGAAGUUCAGUACUACAACAUCAAAAGACAGAAUGCUGAAAUGCAGUUAGCUAUUGCUAAGGAUGAGGUUGCUGCUUCCUAUCUGAUUCAGGCAGAAAAAAUUAAAAAGAAGAGAAGCACAGUCUUUGGGACUCUGCAUGUGGCACAUAGCUCCUCCCUAGAUGAAGUAGACCAUAAAAUUCUGGAAGCAAAGAAAGCUCUCUCAGAGUUGACAACUUGUUUACGAGAACGUCUUUUUCGCUGGCAACAGAUUGAGAAGAUCUGUGGUUUUCAGAUAGCCCAUAACUCGGGACUCCCCAGCCUGACGUCUUCCCUUUAUUCAGAUCACAGCUGGGUAGUGAUGCCCAGAGUCUCCAUUCCACCCUACCCAAUUGCUGGGGGGGUAGAUGACUUAGAUGAAGACACACCCCCAAUAGUGUCUCAAUUUCCUGGGACUGUGGCUAAACCUGCUGGAUCUCUAGCCCGAAGUAGCAGUUUGUGUCGCUCUCGUCGUAGCAUCGUGCCCUCUUCGCCACAGUCCCAGCGAGCCCAGCUUCCUCCACAUGCUCCUCAUCCAGCCCACCCUCGUCAUCCUCACCUGCCUCAGCAUCCCCAGCAUUCGUUGCCUUCCCCUGAUCCAGACAUCCUCUCAGUGUCAAGUUGUCCCGCACUCUAUCGGAAUGAAGAGGAGGAGGAGGCCAUUUACUUCACUGCUGAAAAGCAAUGGGAAGUGCCAGACACAGCUUCAGAAUGUGACUCCUUAAACUCUUCCAUUGGAAGGAAACAGUCUCCUCCUCCGAGCCUCGAGAUAUACCCAACAGUGUCUCCUCGAAAGAUAUCCAGAGAUGAGCUCUCCCUAGAGGAUUCUUCCAGAGGAGAUUCGCCCAUAACAGCAGAUCUCUCCCGGGGCUCUCCUGAUUGUGUGGGUCUGACAGAAACGAAGAGUAUGAUCUUCAGUCCUGCAAGCAAAGUGUACAAUGGCAUCUUGGAGAAAUCCUGUAGUAUGAACCAGCUUUCUAGUGGCAUCCCGGUGCCUAAACCUCGCCACACAUCAUGUUCCUCCGCUGGCAACGACAGCAAACCAGUUCAGGAAGCCCCAAGUGUUACCAGGAUAAGCAGCAUCCCCCAUGACCUUUGUCAUAAUGGAGAGAAAAGCAAAAAGCCAUCAAAAAUCAAAAGCCUUUUUAAGAAAAAGUCUAAGUGACCUGGCUGACUUGUUGGGAUUCCAUUUCAGCGGCACCUGUAAACUUUUUUUCUCCCCUCCUUUACUUCCUGUCUUUGUUUUAAUUUUAGGACUGUAACUCCAUUGGGGCUUUCGAAACUGGAUGCCAUAGUGGAAUGUCCUUCAAGGCAACUGUCUACUGUCUGCUUAUUUAAAUGACUAGAUAGCCAAUUCAUCAAGUCAGUUAUUACUGAAAUAUCAUUAACAGAUGAGACAGUUUACAGUCAUUUUUGCCUAUUUAUUUCUGCAUUUUUGAUGGUGAUGUAUAUACAAUAUUUUGUUGAAAGCCACUAUGGACUUAUAAGCUUUAAUGGACUAGUAAGCCAGCAUGGGCUUGCAAAAAUUUCUUGUUUACCAGAGCAUCUUCUUAUCUUUCCACAGAGCUAUUAUGGACUAAAUAACUUAAAAGAAGUGAAACUAAUUGCACUACUGUUUUCCAGACUGGAAAAAACAAUCUCUGCAAGUGAAACUGUAUAGAGUUUAUAAAAUGACUAUGGAUAGGGGACUGUUUUCACUUUUAGAUCAAAAUGGGUUUUUAAGUAGAAACUAGGGUUUCUAAUUGACUUGAUUUCUGGAAACGAAAACCCAUGCUUUUAUUAUGGGACGCUUCUUCAAAAUGCAUUUAAUAUAAAGGUUCAAGUCCUGCUGUAAAGAUCAUGUUUUGUUUUCCCCAGGGCUUUCACUGUGAUUUACUGCAUUUCAGGCUGUAUGAAAAAUUUAAAUAAUUUAAGGCAAGAAACCUCUUGAUUCUUUAUGCGAAUGGAAGAGUUAAAGCUUGAUUGGAGGACUUAAAACAUUCACAAGCGAAACUGAGGUGGGGAGUGUGGGGAUUCAGACCCUUGUUUACAGACUUGGAAUAACUGCAAAGGACUUACAGUGUGUGGAAAAUUUGUACUGUGGAAAAGAUAAUAAAUUGGAGACAAUAUUGUGUGGGACUGCUGAUUUUCGUUGAUAACACUCCACUAAAAACACUAUGUUUUCUGGAGAGCUGUGUAAGCUGUCUUGUUGCUUAAUUGCAAUAUGAGAAAUAGUGAUGUUUUUGGAAGUAAGUUGUCAACAAAUUUUCUUUCUAUUUUAUAUUGUCUGUCAUAUUUUUAUGUAGUUUGAAAUGUUUAAAUGUUCUAAUAUCAAGAUUAACAAAUAUAAAUUUAUGGUGCAUUUAGAUUGUGUUGUAUUAAUUUGUAAAGUUUGGUAUUCAUUAAAUCAAUAGGCUGUUGUAAAGCUUUCCUGUGACAAAUGCCACAUAGAGGCCCAAAGUGCAUUACCAUCUGGGGAGUUCCUGUGUGUUCUGCCUUUAAACCUUCAGUCAUGAAUGCUCUGAUAAAUGCACUGUGGAUGGAUGUUUGGAGAAUCAGCAGAUACACUUUAGCUAGAAUGUGUUCUCUGAAUAAUGGCUAAAAUGCAUCAUGUCUCACCCAGUGGUCUUUAGAUGAAAAUGCUGAUUGAUAAAUGAGAAGUUUCUUUGA